AUGCGAGACAUAAUUGUUGAAUCAUUUAAUGGAAAUUGUCAUGUAAUAAUAAAUCAGAACUAUGUAAUUCAUGUUGUCAACAAUUUGCCUCCAAAGUCUGCACCAUUGACAGUGCACUGUGCAUCUGGGGACAACGACCUUGGAACUCAUACACUUUCUGUCAAUCAAGCUUUUACCUGGGGUUUCUGUGAGAGCUUUGUUUCACAAACUUUGUUCUUCUGUCAUCUUUGGUGGGGUUCAAAAGACAUAGCUUUUAAUGUUUUUACACCAGAAUUGAGCAAAAGGUGCGAUGAACACUGUUAUUGGGCAGCCAAAAGUGAUGGCAUUUACUUUUCGGGAUCAUACCCUCCAGGAAAGUUGGAGAAAAAAUAUGAUUGGUAA